GGCUUCCGCAUGUGCGAUUUCAAUUUGGGCAGAAAGUCUCUGACAACGGCAUCUUCAAUAUCCAUGUGACAUUGGCACCGAAACUUUUGGACGAAGAACGCAUAGCGUUAUAUCGAAGCCAUGGUAUCCGCCAGCGGAUUGGCGCUCGGAUAUUACCUCUUACGAUAUUCAGCCUCAUUUACGCCUUGCUCCUCGGAUCUAAUCAGGACUAAUGACUCAGCCUAUAUAUCACUCUCAUACCACAUCAAGCUUGAACCGUCGGUAUUGCUAUUUGAACCCGAUGUGAAUAACGCGCUCAGAAACAUUCACUGGUGUGAACGACACCAUACGAACCACCGCUAAGAAUCACUGGCUAGACGUCG